CUUUCAACUCUGCCACUGCCGGUUGAAUCAACGGCAUCCAAAGAAGAACGUCUUACGGACACUCAACUGGAAGACGAAUGUGCAAUAAGCUCGAAUGACGGACCCAUUUCCGAGAUGGAUCGUGACAAAACGUCCCCUUCCUCACCGGAUAUCGGCAGUUUGGAUUCCGACCUGACGAUGGAGACUGAAGUCGAUUCAGACGACGGAAAUGAGUCGACGAACUCCAUCUGCUCAUCAAGCGCCUCCAAUCAGACCGUUAACGACAAGCCAACACCUCGUCUUACGGUUCCACCAUGGCAUCAAGACCAGUGUUUUGGCCUAGAGCAACAGCAGCAACUCACUCCCAGACAACUUCGCCGCCUGGCCCUCGAAGUGGCCUCCCUGAAACGGAUCAGGCCAACAGCACUGGACUGGCCCCGCCUCCUUCCCUCUUUUGGACCAAUCUGUCGAAUCCCCUUCCUGCCCACUACUUCUCACUGCGGAAUUCAGUGGUUUACCCUCGUCCUGCGAAUCCCUCUUCAAAUGGCGUUCUGCAUAGUAUCGUCUAAAGGUCUUAUCUAA